AUGCAUAGCAAAGGAAAUUCAAACCCACACAGCUUCUCGGAGAGCUCUACUCGCAUCAUUGAAAGCUUCAGAUACGUGGUGGAGGAGGUGCAAGCCGUGUACGGGGAAGCAGCUCGCCUCCCUUGCAACAUGACAGUCAACUCUGGGGACACAGUCUACCUCGUGCUGUGGUUCAAGGAGGAGCUAGCCACUCCCAUCUACAGCUACGACGUGCAGGAGCUUCUCCGAGGACAGCCCAAGCACUGGUGGGACGCUUGGAUCUCCUUGGGUCCAGAGCAUUCUUCAACGCGGGCUCGUCACCUCACCUCCUGCUGCAGGGUCUCAUCGGCGGACGCGGGCCUCUACAAGUGUCGUGUGGACUUUCAGCGAGCCCACCAGAAACACCGAAUUAAUCUAACUGUUGUAGUGCCUCCCCGGAAGCUGGUGCUGGUCGAGGACAACGGAGCUGAGGUGCGCAGCUUCGUGGGGCCCAUCAAUGAAGGGGACGACCUGCACCUGGGCGACGCGAGCCAUGCUGCGCAGCUCACCUGCCAGGCCGCCAACAACCAGGUGUCGCAGCCGUUAUCCCAAACUGCCACGCUGGACAUGAACCUUCGACCUCUGGACGUGACUAUACAUCACAUCCGGGAGCCGCUGUCUGCCGGCCGGGCCUACGAAGUGUUGUGUUCCUCGCGCGGCUCCCGCCCGCCGGCUGUCCUCACCUGGUGGUGGGGCUCCGCGAGGGUGCCUGCCGCAGACGACACGACCUCGCACGGCGGUAACGUCUCGUCCUCGAUGGUCAGACUCACGCCAAACGCCUCGGAUGACGGGCGGCUGCUGUCCUGUCGAGCAGAGAACCGUAACCUGCCCACAGCCGUUAUUGAGGACACGUGGAAACUGAGCGUCUACUACACCCCGACGUCGGAAGCGGUGCUCGGGGCUUCACUUAACCCGCAGAACAUCCGGGAGGGGGACGACGUGUAUUUUGAGUGUCACGUCAGAGCCAACCCGCGGGCGUACAAAGUCGUCUGGAAACAUAACGGCGUGGAAGUGCGGCAGGAGCGGGCGAAUGGCAUCCUACUCACCAACAGGAGUCUGGUGGUGCAGGAGGUGACGAGGACCCACGCGGGACGAUACACCUGCCAGGCCAGCAACGUCGAGGGAGACUCCACUUCCCCGCCUGUCAUCCUGGCCGUGCAGUAUGCGCCCCUUUGCCGCCCCGGCCAGGUGAGUGUCUACGGAGUGUCUAAGCUGGAGGACGCCCACGUCACCUGUCAGGUGGAUGCCGUGCCCCAGGUGACACGCUUCUACUGGACCUUCAACAACACGGUAGAGAGCCUCGAAGUACCGCAGGAGAGGUUUACGGUGGGGCUGGGAGGUCGUAGCGUCGUCAUCUUCACGCCGACAUCAGACCUCGAGUAUGGAACGCUGCUGUGUGCCGCCGAGAACAUGGUCGGGAGGCAGAAGGACCCUUGCGUCUUUCAUAUCAUACCUGCCACCAAACCUGAAGCCCCGACCAAUUGUUCGCUGUACAACGUGUCCUCGAGUAGCCUGACGGUGUCCUGCUCGCCGGGCUUUGAUGGCGGCCUCAACCAAACGUUCGCCAUGGAGGUGUACGGCACCAAUCCUCACUCCCUCAAGGCCAACAUCACCUCCAACAUACCGCGGUUUGUGGUGACCGGACUAGAUAACGAGUCUGAGUUCCAAUUGAUAGUGUAUGCCGGCAACUCCAAAGGUCGCAGCAGCAUCACCCGCCUCGUGGCCAUCACCCAAAAGCUACCGGUGAAGCAGCUCGAGACGCGCCUCAGCAACAGCGGCAAUGAUGCGGCGGGGGUGACGCAAGACACUCCUUCAGACGCCUUCAAGCCUCUGUUGGGAAUCUUUGGCGGCGUGGGACUCAUCGCCGUGCUCCUCGUCGUCAUUGCUGUCAUCGUCAUCAAGGUUCAGUGCAGUGCCGAGGCGAGGAGACGGCGGGCGCAGGGCGAGGGGAGUGACAGUGAGGAUAAGCGGCAACGACAAGUCAAAUCCAAAAAGCAGCUAUCGCAAGACUUCGAGAGGCACCAACUGACCGUGAGGAGCAGCAGGAGUGAAGACGAGAUACCCAAAGACGCCGGUGCUGGCUCUGUGAAUACCGGGGAACGCUACGCCGACUACCGCCCAGUCCACCUCCACCAGCACCAUGACGACCAGAGUCCCGACGUGGUGGCCUGCAGCGGAGAUUUCGAUGACGUGAACGUAAGUAUCCGGCCAGGCGGCGCGAUGACUCUGAUGGCCGAGCACCUGCCUGCCUCACAACACCUGCAGCGCCCCGUGCCCUGCCACCACCCUCCGUCUACGCUGGUUCAACAUACUCACCAGCGGCAAAAACAACACCAGUCACCUUCACCUUCGCCGCACAAUCAACAACAACAACAGCAUCACCAGCAGCAGCAGUCUCCUCUCCUGCUGCAACAUACUAAAGACCCCAUACACUACUCAUUAGCGACCCCCGGCAUUGGAAGCCAUGAAUUCCACCACCCUCACCCUCAUAGACAGCCUCAUCUAGCACCUGCCAGAAUGUGUGACAACGUCGACAUGGACGUCCACUUCAGUGAAGCUGUAGUGGACAGCGGGACGCCUCCCGCGCCAGCCCCAGCCGACGACCUGCCCGUCCCUCUCAUGUUCGUGGGAGACGGGCAGGGCAAGCACGCGGGGGCGUCUGGAGUGGCGUGUUUGGCUAGAAUACCUGAGGACCCCGAGAGUCCCAGCUCCAGACGGGAGAGUGCAGUGUAA